GGGGCGGGGCUGGGGCGGGGCUCUCGUUUGGAAGGGCUGGGUGACUCAGCCGCGUAACUGCAGCCGGGGCGGUGGCGCGAGGCGGCCGGAGCUGGGCGGUGGCUUCGGGGCUCGGUGGCCGAGAGCGCGGCAGCGAGCGAGCGAGCGGCCGCCAAUUUCUGUCCUGGAGAGCACAACUGUAGUUUGUCCCUGGUUACGCCUGAUCAUGUUCAGCUCUAGCCAGGCUUCCUUUCUGACUAAGAAUGAAUGUUCUCCAGUGCAGUGAUGAUGACUGGUUAUCGCAGCCGCCCGAGCUCAGCUGCCUAGGUGAUGAGAUCCUAGCUGCCACUCAAGAGAGAGAAAGCAGGAGCUUGGUGUCCUCGGCUGCACAUAGUCUCACUUAUCCCCUAGCUGCCAGGAGCGAAGACCUUGCACCUGACUAUGCCCCUCAGCCAGCAAGCCUCCAGUAUCCUCACAUAAUGUCACUUCCUGAAGACAGCAAGGGCUCGUGCUUCCAGAGUGCGAGCAAGCGCAGCCACGAGCCCUUCACUGGUCACGGAGGCUUAGGCUUUGGAGGUGGCCCUCACUCUCAAGCUCCAGAGAAAGUGACACUUCUUGUGGAUGGCACCCGCUUUGUGGUGAACCCUCAGAUUUUCACUGCUCACCCGGACACCAUGCUGGGAAGGAUGUUUGGCCCGGGAAGAGAAUACAACUUCACAAGGCCCAAUGAGAAGGGGGAGUAUGAGAUCGCUGAAGGCAUCAGCGCCACUGUGUUCCGCACGGUUCUGGAUUAUUACAAAACUGGCAUCAUCAACUGUCCAGAUGGCAUCUCUAUCCCAGAUCUCAGAGACACGUGCGAUUAUCUCUGCAUUAACUUUGACUUCAACACUAUCCGAUGUCAAGAUCUGAGUGCUUUACUGCACGAGCUGUCCAAUGAUGGUGCUCACAAGCAGUUUGACCACUACCUCGAGGAACUGAUUCUGCCCAUCAUGGUGGGCUGUGCCAAGAAAGGCGAGCGAGAGUGUCACAUUGUCGUGCUGACAGACGAGGACUCCGUGGACUGGGAUGAAGACCACCCCCCACCCAUGGGGGAAGAGUAUUCCCAAAUUCUUUACAGCUCCAAGCUCUACAGAUUCUUUAAAUAUAUCGAGAAUCGAGAUGUUGCUAAAACUGUGUUAAAGGAACGAGGCCUGAAGAACAUUCGCAUUGGAAUUGAAGGUUACCCUACCUGUAAAGAAAAGAUCAAGAGGAGACCUGGUGGGCGGUCUGAAGUGAUCUACAAUUAUGUGCAGCGUCCUUUUAUCCAGAUGUCAUGGGAAAAGGAGGAAGGGAAGAGCCGCCACGUAGAUUUCCAGUGUGUUCGCAGCAAAUCCCUCACUAACUUGGUGGCUGCUGGAGAGGAUGUCUUGGAAGACCAGGAGAUCAUAAUGCAUCAUCCACCACAAGUAGACGAACUUGACCGCUUAAAUGCCCCUCUCUCUCAGAUGGCUCCGAAUGACUUUCAAGAUUAGGGACAAACUCAUCUGCCCAUGGCUGGAGCUCUCUGUGGGCGCCCCCAGCCAGGCCUCCCCGCCCUUCUGUGGUUUCUUAGCGUUAGGAGAUGCUUCCUCCUGUCUCCCUCCCUCUGAGUUAUCAAUGUGCCCUCUUCUGGGUCUGCCGCUGGCUGGGUGAAGAGGCUCUCUGGUACUUAGGUGGCCAGCUUUACCAGCCCUGGCAAACACCUUCUGGGUCUGGUGCUCUUGUUUGAAUCUUUGCAUGUACCUCCUGGAGCAGGAGGGUGGGGGAGUGUUGCCUCACAUUUGGCACAGUAGCCCACUCUUAAACCAGGUGAGUGGUUUCACAUCAGACAAAUGGCUUAAUAGCAAAAGGACCAAAUGUCAGAGGAGACAGUCUGCGCUGGGGCGGGUGUGCCCGCCUGAGGUGGUGUGCCAGGGCAGGUGAAAGGCAGGGCCUGGGCACUGCACCCAGAUGCCAUCUGGAUAGAGGGUCUGAAAGGAAUUCCCUGGAGCUCCAGCUCAGCUCUGCUUUUCACUAAGAUAGGAGCAAAGCAGCCCCCAAGACCGGCUGUGUGGCAGGAAGAGCAGUGACCCGGCUGUGUGCUUGUGUGGCCUGAUACUCCAUUUGGAAGUGAAACUUGCAAAUGAAGUGGCAGAAUGGCUCCAGAUUGGCCCCUCCUGUGGUGGGAAGCCACAGCGCCUGUCCCCAGGGACAGCUCAUUGCUGUGGGUGUGGCAGGAAGGUGGGACCCUCCUUCCAGCUCCAGGGCGAAGGCAUCUGUGCUGAGCUGGCAGGUGCUGCCCCCAGAGUCCUCACACCAGUAUGCUCACUUUUUUUCUUUAAAAACGAGCCAUUAGCUACUGAAACAUGGUAAGAAAAGUAAUACUGUGGCCAUCCCCAAAUCAGUUCCAGGCCUUGUUAUUUUGUUGAUCUGUUCAUGCUUACAUGUGUGGUAGAUGGCAAUCCAGAUCAUCCCCCAGCCCCUUCCUCUGACAUUUCCAUGACCGUUUACAGAGUCAAGAGCCAGGCGGCAGUGUCUGGGGUCAUCUUACUUCCUGGUAGAAGUUGACCUUUGAGUCUGCCCUCCACCCAGGCACUUCCCCUCUGCCGUUUCCGUCAAGUCAAGCUCCUUAGAGAACACGUUUGGUUUCUUGAAAGCUGCUCCCAGAAGACACUGUGUAGCCUAACUGCUUGAUGGCAAGAGAAUGAGGUUUCCGAAGCCCCCCUCCAGCACUGAAGAACAAGAGUGUCCUUAAAGCAGUGCUUUCUGUGCUUACGGCAUCACAGUGGGGACUGCUGCAAGGUCGUUGUUGCCCAGAAAGAACUGAAGGGUAACUCGGCGCCUCGGCUGCGUGCUUACUGUUGCUGUGUGGGCAAGGCAGCAUCCAGAAUAUGGGCUGAGGUUAUCUGCAUCUGUGAAGUUGCUUGGCUUGUGUUUGAGGCCAGAUCUGGCUUUGACUUUGUUGGUGCUAUGUGAUGGCCCAGCUGCCGCUGCCCAGCCCAGGCCUGGGGUCAGUGGUGCUUCCCGUUCCUGCAUGGCCACGGAGUGCUCACGUUAUGCACCUGUGAUGUUUGAACUGCUCAGGGUGAGCACACUACUUUCUUGGUCCCUUGGGGUUGGCUCACUGGCUUUGGCCUUUGACACUUCAGCCCAUGGAGUUUGACUAGGAGGCAAUCUAAAGGCCUCUCCAGUGACACUGGGUGGUGGCAACUGAAGGACAGGCUGGGGACGUAGGCUCCUUGUGGCAGGGAAAGCUUUUUUGUACCUUAGCCCCACUCUUACCUACAUUUCAGUGUCAUUGUAAUUUGGUGUCUCGCUUACUCUUCUCAGGGUUGAGUCACUUUUUUCCUUUUGUUUAUUUUUAAUUUUUUUUGGUGGUGGGUUUACAAAACAAGGUUUUUCUGGGUAGCCAUGGCUGUCCUGGGACUCACUUUUGUAGACCAGGCUGGCCUCAAACUCAAGAGAUCCACUUGCCUCUGUCUCCAGUACUAUGAUUAAAGGUUUUCCCUGCCACUGCCUGGCCCCAAAUUGGGACAUUCGUUAGUGGUGAGACCUUGCAGGAUCAGGGGGUAGAUGCAGUUGUCUUUGAAGUUGAUUACUGGCUAUGUUUGAGAGAGGAUUUUUCUCAUAAAAAUAGGGAUUUGGGGCUUGGUGUCUUUUGUAAGUGCCUGAAUAAGUAAGCUGGGCCAUGUGCACAGAAAGUCUCAUGAGAAAGGAACUCAUGAACCUUCACUUCAGAGUCUCAGAGUAUCUUACAAGUAAAAGGUAAAACUGACCCGGGGCUUGACUCUUCAGCAUGCCCUUGUUGCAGCUUGUGUAGCUGCUAGGAACACCUGCUGAGUUAAGGAGUUGGGAACAGGGGCAGACACAGUAUUAGAAUAUGACAAAGGUUAUGGGGUGAUGCAGAAUUUGAGGAAGGUAGGGACUGGGUACCGCAGGCAGUUAUUUUAACCAGCACCUCAGGUGAUGCUGUGAUGUCUGAUGAGCGUCUUCUCGGAGGAUGUGUCUUAGGGAAAAUGAAUGUUCAGAGCACAGGCUUUAACUCAAGUGGAAAGUUUUAGUGGUGGCCAUCAACAGUUUGAGGUGGGUGCAGGGAACUCAGCAGGCCACUGCUGUCUUCCUUCCCAGGAGGCAGGGCCAUCCUUGUGUCUAAUGGGAUCAUUCUGGAGAAUUAAGGUUUCUCCUAAGGGCAAAAUGUGUGUGGAUUUUGCCUCUUACAUUAUAUUUACUUUUGAAGUUGCACUUGUUCACCUACCAGUGUUUACGGAAUCCUGUGUAUGGGAUGCUUUUUCUAUAAUAAAGUAUUUUUAUUUGUGUC